AUGACCCGGCCCGCUCCGCUCCGGUACCGGCACCGCAACCAGAGCGGCCCGGAGCCAGACCCGGCAGCGCGCUGCCCCCGCGCCACGCCCCCGCCGCUCCCACCAAUGGCCGCGCAGCACCCACGUCCCGACAGCCAAUCAGAGAGCGGGGGCGGAGAUUUGGGCGGGGCCUCUGCUCCACUCGGAGCCCCCGUGGUCCCGAACGGGUCGGGGGGUGAUACCGAGGGAGGAGGAGGGAGCCGGGAGCCGCCUGUCCCCAGCGGGGGCACAACUGAGGCAGCCGCCGCAUCCUCCUCCUCCUCCCAGCCGGUGCCCGGCGCUCAUCCCGGCUCAGCCUUGACCCGACCCGACCCGACCCGGCCCGGCCCGGUCCGGCCCGUCUGCCCUCCCCCGUCCCGCGGAGCUCUGCGCAUCGUGUCCCUCGGCGGCUCCCGUAGCGUUGCCAUGGCGCCGGCCGUUGGGUGCGGGCGGCGGGCGAUGGCGCGGGGCUGGGCCCCGGAGCGCUGGGCCGCAGAACGGCGCCGGGAGCUGGAGACACGGAGCCGGCAGCAGUGGGAGCGGGCCAGCCGCUCCUUCGCCCGGGACGCCGUUUACUGCUACCAGCAAGCGCGGUGGAGCGAGCCCAGAGCCCUCCCGAAACCCAGCCCGGCGGCGGUGCGACGGGAGGCGGAGGAGGCGGCGGCGCGGCUGGAGGAGCGGAGGUCGAGACUGCGGCAGCUGCUGGGUGAGGAGCGGGAGGCGCUGGCGGGGGAGCUGCGGGAGCUGCGGCGGGACGGCGGCACCGAGCUGGGCGGGAUGCGGCAGCGGAGCGAGGAGCUGCGGGCCGGGCGGGAGGAGCGGAGGAGGAAGGUGGCGGAGCAGCUGCUGUACGAGCGCUGGAGGAGAAACACCGCGGAGCUGCGGGAGGUGGAGUCGGAGCUGCACCAGAAGCACGUGGUGGAGGCUUGGGGUGAUCAGAUAAUGCAGAAAAACAAGCAAGAAAAAACUGAACUUGAAGAGAAAAAACGUUAUGAAAAUGAAUAUGAAACUGCUCGAAGGGAAGCACUGGAGAGAAUGAGACAAGAGGAAGAGAAACGUCGGGUGGAAGAGAAGAAGCAAGCAGAGAGGCUGCUGCAGCAAAUGGAAGAGCUGAAGUUACAGGAGACAGAGGCAAGAAAGCUGAAAAAAGAACAAGAGAAUUUAUUAAAGCAGCAGUGGGAGCUGGAGAACUUGGAGGAAGAAAGGAAAAAAAUGGAAGAGCAGCGGAAGAAGAAAGAGCUUGGGCGUUUUUUGAAGCAUCAGUGUGAUGUGCAGCUCCAGAGACGAGCCCAGCAGAUCCAACAGGAGCUGGAGGCAGACAGGCAGAUCUUGUUGUCCCUCCUGGAGAAGGAAGAUGAGGAGCAGCAGCGCCGGUGUGCGCGGAGAGAGCGAGCUGUGGCUGAUGCUGCCUGGAUGAAAAGUGUCAUUGAGGAACAGCUCCAGCUGGAGAAGGAGAGGGAGGCUCAGCUCCAGACUAUUUUUAAAGAAGAAGCUAAAAAAGUGUGGGAGAAAAGGGAAGAAGAAUGGGAAAGGGAGAAGAAGGCCAGAGAUCGCCUGAUGACUGAGGUCCUUGCAGGGAGACAGCGCCAGAUCCAGGAGAAGAUGGAGUUGAACAGAAGAGCUCAGGAGGAGUCCAUAAAGUACCGAGAGGAGCUGAUCAGAGAACUGGAAGAGGCAAAAGAGCAGAGGAGGAAAGAGAGGGAGCAGGAGGAGGAGCUGAAGACAGCCCGCAGGCAGGAGCUGGAGGCACAGCUGUCGGAGCGCCGGGCACGGGAAUGUGAGGAGCUGCAGCGUCAGAGGGAGGAGGAGGCAGAGGAGCGGGCAGCCCGGCAGCGCUGGGAGGAGCUGGUGCGGCAGGAGGCCGGGCACAUGGCAGAGAGGGGGCACCGCAGCAGGCUCUACAGUUACCCCAGAGCAGCCUGGACCUGAGGACUGCAGUCCUGUGCACCUGAGGAACAAGCACUAAAUGCAGCUGCAGACUGAAGAAUCAAGGAACUCCUGAAAUAACAGUGUCUUUGGAACAGCCCAUAAUGGCACAGACACCCAGAUUUCUGAAAAUAUUUACUUGUGACCCAGCUAAACCCAGGAACAACUUUCUGCUGGCUGUGGAUGCAGAGGGUUGAGCAUCCUCAGAGGCCUGAGCUGCUUCACUGCUCCAGCUGCAGAGCUGGGAUGUUGUAUUCUAGGACAUGCUGCACCAGGGCAGCAGAGCCACUGACCAAAGCCCUGGGAUCUGCACCAGGAAAGGCUCUGUGCCCCCUGGGGGGUGGGAACUGCAACCCAGGACGUGCUGUGGCUGCUGGGCAGGUGUCAGACCCCAACUCUGCAGACACAGGGGGUGCCCAGGUGGCUUCCAGGACUUAAUUCAUACCCCACUGCAAAUCCAGCAGUUCCUGACCUGUCCAGUUCCUCCCCAGAAGGUGCUCAAGACUCCAUUAAGUGCUUUUUUUUUUUUUUUUUUAACCUGUUUCAUAAAUAAUGAACAAUUUCAACAUGAACAACCAUUUGUUUCUUUUAC